AUGCCGCAUUUCGCUCGAUCCGUCACCUUGCUCCUUCAAGCGUACGCCGUGUCGUCGAGCGUCAUCGACCCUGCCACCUUGGCUGCUAGAGAUAAUGGCGAGUUCCUUGCACCGACAACCUGUCCGACCGACCGCCAGGAAUUUAUCCGUCACCGAGAUAAAUACAAAGUGGAAGCCCUGGACAGGAUAGUCUACGCUUGCGUGCCUAGCCUCAAGGCCCAUGCAAAGCCCGACUACGGAGUUGUGGCCAGAGGAGACUCCAACAGCGUUCAAGAAGCAAGUUCGAUACAGGCCGAGGAGUGCGAGGAUGCGGUCCGUGCUUGGGGAUGCGUGCAUGGCCUCGACUGCCGGUUUGAGCAGAAUUGCCCACAGGGUUCGCAUCGAGGUGAAAAGUCGGAAGUGGAAGCAGGCAACUGUGCCGGCAAAACGCAGGAGAUGCACUGCAAGAUUUCGGCAAACAAAGCCGCCGCCCAAGAGGUUCAGUUUGACCAGGUCGCGUCGUGGAUUAUUAUGGCCGAUAAGAAAACGUCAGGAAAGAUCGUCGUCGAGUUCGGGCGAGGCGUUUACGACUUUGUCCUCUUCGACAGUCAAGUUCAUAAAGACGUAGCCGGCAUCCCCAUGGACGUCCCGGCCAUGUUUGGCGGCAAAACAACGUUUUCGCCUCAGCAGCUAAUGGGCCUGGAUGUUAAGCUUCAUUACUCGCAGGUCCUCCGAGGUAGUCUCUACGCCAGUUCGGUCAGACGCACGAAUCCCUUUAAAAUUAAGAGCUUUAUUAUGGUUGCACGCCUUGCAGGUACUAACCUCGUCUUCGAAACCACUCCUCUGAUCGAUCUCAAGGUCGAGUCAUUUAGGAGUAAUUCCAUAAUCUGGACUGGUAAUGUAAACUACGAGGGUUGGAGUGCCGAUACGGGAGAAAACUUGCCUUCGUCGAAUGUCUGGUAUGCUGUCCCUUGA